CACACGUCAACAGGUGUAUCUGAUUUUGAUAGACGAUAAGUCAAAAUUGGGUUUUUAUUUGACUUUUACAGAUAGCCGCCUCACCCGAAAAUCAAGAGCCCUUCUGAUCGGCGGCACUGCCGGCGGAGCCGUUAUUAGGGGGUGAUUGUUGAACCAAUCCAAUCAUUUUUUGUCGAAAAUGGUGAGGAGUUGCAUUCAAUCGUUGCUGAAACUGGUCAAUUCGUUCAUCGGAAUGUUAGGGAUCGCGAUGAUCAUUUACGGCUUGUGGAUGAUUAGGGCUUGGCAGCAGCAAAUGGACGGCUCAGAUUACCCUACUCCAUGGUUCAUAUACGCCACACUUGGACUUGGUGCAACUUUGUGUAUGAUCGCGUGCUCCGGUCACAUCGCCGCAGAGACUGCAAACGGAUGUUGCCUCUAUUGCUAUUUGGUCUUUAUCUUUUUGCUUUUGAUGGUGGAAGGUGCGGUCACAACCGAUGUAUUUCUAAACCGGAAUUGGGAGGAGGACUUUCCAAAAGAUCCAAGUGGGAAUUUCCACGAGUUUAGGGAUUUUAUUAAGGAGAAUUUCGAUAUAUGCAAAUGGGUCGGCUUGUCCAUUCUUGGUGCUCAGGGGUUGUCUAUAUUUUUGGCACUCAUUCUCAAAGCUCUUGGGCCAUGGCCAUAUCAUGAAAUGAUUUUUGAUGUGGACAAUCAGGUUGUUACAUGGUAACAUGGAAACAUGUUGUGGGAGCUUCGGGAAGAUUCGUUAUCUGGUUUAAGUGUGAAAUGAAAGAUGUUUUGUUCGUGGAAAGGUUAAAUAGAAUUUAUUCAAAUAUUUUUAGUGUAAAAUGCUGUUGAUUAUUUAUUAUAUAUAGGGAAUUAAAAUUGAGGUAGCAAUUAGCGUUCUGUUAUAUCAUUUUUUUUGUUCGUUUGAAAAAGGAGAAUUAGUUGUUUAAACAUGUGGGUUUAUUUUGCAUAAUUAGACAUCUG